UCAACAAGGUUAUACCGCAUCAUACUUGAAGAUGUACAAGUCUUUCCUUGUAAUUAAUCUACCAUGUUCUUUGAUAUCACACCAAUUCGCAUCUUUUAACCCGUCACAAUGCGCCUAGCAUCAGUGAUUCCUUUAAUCCCUGCAGAACUGGUAACAGCACUCGACCAAUCGUGUGGCAUCCGAACGGACACCGAUCUUCUCUUCUUUGGUUCCAGCUUGGACAUCAUCAAGAAAUUACCACUCGGGACUGUGACACUCUCGGACCUAGAAAAGUUCACCGAAUCAAUAGCAGAACAGGCAUCGGUUCCUGGACAUCGGGGAGACGAGAUUCUUGCUGCCACAGGACGGAUUUCUGAGAAGCAUCCUCGAGUCAGCUGUGGUGUAAAGGAACUAGAUGAACUUGUUGGUGGCUUUGGUGACUCUCGGGUCUUUGAAAUAUCUGGAGCUAAAGGAUCAGGUAAAACGGCACUUGCGCUGCAAAUAGUGAUCCAGCGACUACUUUCUGAUGCAGAUUCUUAUGCGUUAUGGAUCGAUUCGUCCGGUGACUUCUCUGCAGAGAAGACUACUCAGCUAAUGCGAUAUUUUGAUGUAUCUGAUAAAGUGCUAGAGAGGUUGCAGGUAUCCGUGGGUUUCAACAUAGAGGGAGUGAACGAUGUCCUCGAAGCGCUGCGUAUUUCACUUUCGAACUCUAAGAGCGUUGAACCGACAGUCCAGUGGAUAGUCCUCGACUCCAUAACCCCACUUCUACUGCCAUCCCUGAGUGCGGUAUCUUCCCAAGGACAUGCCAUGAUGAUAACGUUUAUGCGCCGAUUACGCGAGCUUUCUCGGACUUUUGGGAUAAGUAUCAUGGUGAUCAACGGAACAUCAGCAGCUGUACCAUUCAAUCAGAGUUCCGCCUUCGCAUCAACAAUCAGAAAACCUGCUUUGGGUCCUUCGUUUACAUUUAUGACAGAUUGUACCAUCUGGUUAUCCAAGACGAAAGAUAUACCUGAUCCUGAGGGCCCGUUCUCGGUGCACGUGGCAGAAGUAUUCCGUUCGAGGGCAACGAGAUCAAAAACUUGGUGCACCUUCCAAAUUCGCCAUGGUAUUUUAUCCUCGACAUCGGAUUUGUAGCUAUCCCCUCCUUCUUGGCAGUGGCUCGCCGACAACAGAAUUAUAAAAGCAGAUCACGUAUUCUUGUGAAACAGCUAU